UGAACUUGUGUUGCCAUUCUGUUAUAGCCAGCUGGACGUUACAAUAAGUUAUCUAUAGCUACUGUAUUAGUACAUUACACUCAAAAGUAGUAAUAAUUACAAUUAUUUUUUGAUUUAAUAUUAUGUCUUAUUGACAAAGUACCAUGAUUAAUAAACGAAUACAAAUAUUCAGAUUACCAAUGUCGUUAUGGGCUAUAUUGUAUUUAGUUACUUCAGCGUUAAACGUAAAUUCGAUUGAACAAAAGGUAUUUCAAUUUCAUCACCACAACAAUGAACAAAUGUACGAUACCAUGUUGGAGGUACAUGAAAAAUGUCCAAGUAUCACCAGUAUUUACAGAUUAUCAGAAAACAGCGUGGAAGGUCGUCCACUACUUGUCAUUGUAUUUUCAGUCCACCCAACUGAGCAUAAACCAAUGGAUCCUGAGUUUAAAUACAUAGCUAAUAUGCAUGGCAAUGAAGUCCUUGGAAGAGAAUUAUUGUUGAAACUUGCAGAUCAUCUUUGUGAAGAAUAUAAAGCAGGAAACGAAGAAAUUGUAAAACUCAUUACUAAAACUAGAAUUCACCUAAUGCCAUCAAUGAAUCCUGACGGAUGGCAAAGAUCAACAGAUGAUGGAGGAAGCAAUUAUUUAAUAGGAAGAGAUAAUGCAGACGGUGUAGACUUAAAUAGAAAUUUUCCAGAUUUAGAUAGAAUUGUUUUUGAUAAUGAAGCAUAUUACAACGAUGUUAAUAAUCAUUUGAUGCAAAUGGUGGAUCAUUUGUCACAACCGAUACAACCAGAAACCAAGGCUGUAAUGCAAAUGAUUAUGUCCAUACCGUUUGUAGCAUCUGCUAAUCUUCAUGGAGGUGAUUUAGUAGCUAACUAUCCAUACGAUGCUAGUAGAUAUGGAAAUGUACAAGGCGAAUAUGCUACAAGUCCUGAUGACAAUACUUUUAAAUGGUUAGCUUUGUCCUAUGCUGAUUACCACGCAGAUAUGGCAAAUCCAAAUAGAAUGCCAUGUAGAGGAGGUGAUAAAAAUUUUGGCAAAGAAGGCGGUAUAACCAACGGUGCCAAAUGGUACAGCGUUAGAGGAGGUAUGCAAGAUUUUAACUAUUUGUCUUCCAAUGAUUUUGAAAUAACCUUAGAACUAGGAUGUGAUAAAUAUACGAAACAGAGCGAAUUAGAAAAAGAGUGGAACAGAAACAAAAAUGCACUCAUAAACUUGAUAUGGCAAUCACACAUAGGAAUUAAAGGUUUCGUUCAAGACGCGAUUACAUUGAAACCAUUAGCAAAUGCAUUUAUAAAAGUGGUUAACGUAACUAACGGCAUAAUGUCACCAAUCUUACACGACGUUACAUCUGUGCAAGACGGUGACUACUAUAGACUUCUUACAAACGGUGAUUACCAAGUUACCGCUUCUUUAGAUGGAUAUUUAUCUUCCACUAAAUUGGUUACUGUCGAAAAUAAACACCAUAACGAAGCCAAAAUAAUGAACUUUACACUGCAGCCGAUUAUUUUACCAAGUAAUUAUAAUAAAGAAGGAAAACGGAUAGCAUUUUCAAAUUUAAUAGCUGCUGCUGAUUUGCCGGUGUUUUAGUAUACCUUCAAACCAUUCUUCUAUCAAAAUUAGAACAAUUGAUUUGAUAUUCUAAAAUAUAAGAUAUAUCAGUCAAAAUCUGUACAUCGAUACACUACUAUUGUUUAUUAUACAUAAUUAUAGAAUCAAUGUAUAUGAACUGCAAA